CUGCUGACUGCUGCAAGAGAGAGAGAGAGAGAGAGAGAGAGAGCUUCAUUUACGAUGAUUUUGCCUGUCCAUCCAUCUCCAGUGUUUUCUAUUCUAGUCCAUUUUGAGGUCUAAUAAUUAUACGCGUACGCGUACAGGUUCCCGAUUGAUCACCCUUAAUUCACCAUGGGAUUGGUCGUGCUCUGGUAUGAUUUGGUCUGUUUCGGAAUCGUCGGCGUGGCGUUUGUCGGUGCCGCCUACGUGAUAUGGAGGAGGGAAGGCAUCUGCGAAUGCGAAGAACAAAAGAGCUUGUACGAGAGUUUGGUGGUGACUAGCGGCGAGGACGGCGGCGGAAUCGGGGGGGCGGCUCCGAGCGGGAGGGGCUACGUCAACUCCAUCGAUCUCUGGACCAGUUGCUGGCGAGGACUGCACCCGCUGGGGCUUUUGGUGCUACGUUUUGCGUCCUUCCUCAUUUUGAGUGUAUUCUUGAUCUGGGAUAUCCUCGACUAUGGCCCCUCCAUCUUCAUUUACUACACUGAGUGGACUUUUAGUUUGGUUAUUGUCUAUUUUGGGAUAGCGACAAUGGUGUCUGCAAAUGGAUGUGUGGUUUACUACUCGAAGAAACUUCCUUCUGAUAAUGGGAAAAGGGAAGAGCUUCUGAUAACUGAUGUGGAACAGAAUGUAUCUACUGAUGCCCUGGCUUUUGGCACCAACCAAAUCAGGGGCACCAUAAAAUUGCAAAGCCACUGUGACCAAGAGGCAGUCCAACAAAAAGCCGGGUUCUGGGGAUACCUUAUGCUAGCCACGUAUCAGGCUUGUGCAGGUGCUGUUAUCCUAACUGACCUUGUGUUUUGGUGUAUCAUAGUCCCAUUUUUGAACAAUGUCCAUCUUAAACUGAACAUGUUGAUGGGGUGCAUGCAUAUACUAAAUGCCGCUUUCCUUCUUCUUGAUACUGCUGUUAGUAACCUUCCAUUUCCUUGGUUCCGACUAGCAUAUUUCGUGCUCUGGAGCUGCUGCUAUGUCAUUUUCCUGUGGAUCAUUCAUUCCUGUGGUUACUCAAUGUGGCCAUAUCCUUUCCUUGAUCUUUCAUCACAGUGGGUAGCUUUAUGGUAUUUUCUCUUGGCUGUGGUUCACAUCCCCUGCUACGGACUAUAUUUCUUGCUUGUAAGGGCCAAAAAAACAUUUUUCCCAAGAUGGUUCCCUGAAGCAUUUGUGAAGUUAUGCUAGUUUCUUCGUUAUUCGCCAAAUUAACUACAAUACAGUGUAUUAUAUCCAGCUGAAGUAGGUUUCUAUGAUGUUAGCCUGGGGAGGGGCAAGACAGUUUCAUGGCUACUACUGCAUGCACCUUGUUGUUCGUCAACUAUACUAAAGGAAUGAGAUUACUUCUGCUAUAGACUAUAGUUGCAUGCAUAUAAGCUUACUCUUUUAGUUCUGAGAUUGUUAAUGCAGUGCAGAUACAUACUUGGGUGACU